GAUCGUCUAAAAUCAGCAAAGCUUUACAAGUGUAAAAAACCUCAGGCUUCCACUACAAAUGGCAUUGGUGCUGUUAAAAAACCAAAGACAUUUGUUCCUGGUGCUAAACUAUCAACAGAAAAAAGAUCAGCAGCUGCAUCCAUGGUUGGUUCAAGUCUACCUGCUGGAUCUUCAAAAGAAGAAAUUGAAGCCAUUAAGAAAGCAAUAUCAAUGGCAAAGACUUUGCAGGAAGUGGAACGCUUGAACCAGAUGCUACGGUCUGGACACAUUCCUGGCUUUGAAAUUAAAGGAAGGCCAGAAGAGGAUGCAGAAGAGGAAGAAGUUAGCGGAAAGGAGAGUUUGCCACGAGAAACUUUGCGGAAAGAUAUACAUCAGAAAGAGCAAAACCGAAAAAGGGAGCACCAAGAUGAUGAUAGGUGGCAGGAAAGUGAAGCAAAAAGAAAGAAAGAAAAUCAAGACAAACAAGUGCAGCAACAAAAGACCCAACGUAAACAGGAUCUUGAACAAGAACGUAAACAACAAGAAUUAGAACGCAAAAAAGAGUUUGAACGUAAGAAAGAAAUUGAAAAACAAAAGGAGCUUGAUAAACAGAUGGAACUUGAAAAACAGAAAGAAGUUGAUCGACAAAAGGAACGUCAGAAAGAGAUAGAGAGGCAGAGGGAUUUAGAAAGACAAAAAGAGGUAGAGAAGCAGAAGGAAUUAGAAAGACAAAAAGAGAUAGAGAGGCAGAAAGAAUUAGAAAGACAAAAAGAGUUCGAGAGGAAGAAGGAAAUUGAACGCCAGCAAAAAUUAGAACAACAGGCAGAGCGAGAGCACCAACAAGAGUUAGAACGACAAGCAGAGCUAAAGCGCCAACACGAGUUAGAACAACAGGCAGAGUUUGAACGCCAACAAGAACUGGAACGUCAACAGGAAGAGCUAGAGCACCAACAGGAACUGGAACAACAGGCAGAGCUGAAGUGCCAAGAGUUAGAACGACAACAGGCAGAGCUAAAGCGCCAAGAGUUAGAACAACAACAGGCAGAGUUGGAGCGCCAACAAGAGCUGGAACGACAACAGGCAGAGUUGGAGCGCCAACAAGAGCUGGAACGACAACAGGCAGAGUUGGAGCGCCAACAAGAGCUGGAACGACAACAGGCAGAGAUGGAGCGCCAACAAGAGCUGGAACGACAACAGGCAGAGAUGGAGCGCCAACAAGAGCUGGAGCGACAACAGGCAGAGUUGGAGCGCCAACAAGAGCUGGAACGACAACAGGCAGAGUUGGAGCGCCAACAAGAGCUGGAACGACAACAGGCAGAGUUGGAGCGCCAACAAGAGCUGGAACGACAACAGGCAGAGAUGGAGCGCCAACAAGAGCUGGAACGACAACAGGCAGAGCUGGAGCGCCAACAAGAGCUGGAACGACAACAGGCAGAGUUGGAGCGCCAACAAGAGCUGGAACGACAACAGGCAGAGUUGGAGCGCCAACAAGAGCUGGAACGACAACAGGCAGAGUUGGAGCGCCAACAAGAGCUGGAACGACAACAGGCAGAGUUGGAGCGCCAACAAGAGCUGGAACGACAACAGGCAGAGUUGGAGCGCCAACAAGAGCUGGAACGACAACAAGAACUGGAACGACAACAGGCAGAGUUGGAGCGCCAACAAGAGCUGGAGCGACAACAGGCAGAGUUGGAGCGCCAACAAGAGCUGGAACGACAACAAGAACUGGAACGACAACAGGCAGAGUUGGAGCGCCAACAAGAACUGGAACGACAACAGGCAGAGUUGGAGCGCCAACAAGAACUGGAACGACAACAGGCAGAGUUGGAGAGCCAACAAGAACUGGAACGACAACAGGCAGAGCUGGAGCAUGAACAAGAGUUGAUGUGUCAAAUGAACCAGCAGAAACUUCUGCAAUUGAAGCAGCAGCAGUUGGAACAGGAAGAACUGGAGCGACAGAUGUUGGAACAACAGCAGCAACAAAUGGUCAUUGAAGCAGCUGCUGCAGCAGAGAUUGAGGAAGAAGAAGAGGAAGAUGAAGAGGAAGAGGGAGAAGUGGAUGCUGGUGAAGAAGAUGAUGAAGAGCAAGCUGUUCCUUCUACUCCGCCUCUUCAUCUACAGCAUUCUGUGGGAGGAGACUCUGCCAAAUCUGGUGAGGAAGAAGAAGAGGAGGAUGAUGACGACGAAGAAGAAGAAGAAGAAGAAGAGGAGGAGGAGGAGGAGGAGGAGGAGGGUGAAGUAGAGACUGUUGAAAUAGAGGAUGAUGAAGAUAGCCAAGAUGUCAAAGUAGAAGUUGAAGAUGAAGAGGAAGAAGGAGAUGCAGGAGAAGAGGUGGAAGUAGAGGAGGAAGUUGAAGUAGAAGACGAUGAGGAAGUGGAGGAAGAGGAGGAGGAAGAGGAGGAGGAAGAGGAGGAGGAGGAAGAAGAAGAGGAGGAAGAAGAAGAAGAGGAGGAGGAGGAAGAAGAAGAAGAAGAAGAGAGGAGUUAGAGGAGGAGGAAGAAGAAGAAGAGGACGAUGAAGAAGAUGAAGAAAUGGAAUGUGAAGAUGCUGAUGAGAGUGAUUAGUUGUUUGAAGUAUUGUACAAGUGUGUGUAUGUAUGUAUAUAUGUAUGUGAGAGAGAGAGAGAGUACAGGUAUGUAAAUAUAUUUCUCUAAGAAGGUGUGUGUUUGUAUAUAACUGCUCCUCUGAGUGUGAUCUUUUAGACUUUAUUGAAUGUUUUCUCAGAACCUCUCUUCUCAUUGUUUAACUUCAUCAUCACAUCAUUGUAAUUAAAUCAUUUUUAUUAUUUUCUUCAUCAGUUUUUUUUUUUUAGGACAAAAUAAUUGGUGCAUAAUUUAAGAAGAAUGCCAAUUUGUUACCUCUGAAUAUAUGGUAUGCUGUUAAAUGGGAAAAUAGCUAAGAAAAUGAAAAGCCCUGUUUUUCUCUUUUAGAACUAAAUGAAUCACUUAUAGUAGUUUAAUUGGUGAUACUUCUACUUAGGGUGCACUCUGCAAGCCUUUCUUCGUUCAACUUUUGAAGAUGUGCCAGUUCAUGCAUUACUUGCACUAGGCUGUCUUUCUGUCCAAUGAAAGACUUCUCAUUUACUUAAUUCACUGCCAAAAUCCAGAAGUUGAGCUCUGUCAGUGUGGGCUCUUUGUAGAGACAUCAUUUUCAGUGUCCCUGUAUACAUACACAAGCAUUCCCACAAAUAUUUGUAUACAUCCAUGUAUUUUUAUAGUUAACUUGUUAAGAAGCAAGUUCGAUCCUUUAUUCACAAUUUCUUGUUGAUGUAACAACAUUAAACGUACAACAUGAAUAGGUCUUUGUAUUUGAUCUCA